AGCCACAUCGUUAUUUCGUUUUGUCUCAGCGCUCAGCACAGAAACUUAAACAGACAUCGACCACAGGCCAUACAUCGCUCGGAACUACCUUCACAUCCUUGGUGACGCACAUCGACCGUGGUUCAGUUUUUAUUCCCUCCAGUCGAGGCAAUGCUGGCUAUUGCAGUCGCUGCGAAUGGCUUGCUCACUCUUGAGAUGCCCGAAUCCUUUUCUCAGAAAUUUAUCAACCUUGUCCUUGCAAAGUCGUCAAUAUCAUGACUAUAUUCGCUUUGCAACCCCAGGUGGCAUCGCUCGUGUCGCAUUGAACUCGCCGAAAAUAGUCGGCAUAGCAAACUCAAGAGGAUCCAGGGGCCAUCAAGAGGACUACUAUGCCUUUGCUUCUCUCUCUCUCGACCCAGGAGAGCUCAGUCAAUCAGUGAAGAAAACAAUGGGCGUAGAUUGGAAUCCCCGUGACGCAUGUGACCUACUCGCUCGUCAGGUAGUAUUCAUGGGCAUAUAUGAUGGACACGGUGGUUCCACGGUAUCUCAAUAUCUCAGACAAGAACUCCACGGACUUCUUGAAUCAGUGCACAAAUCCGACAUACCAGAGCUUUAUUUAUGGAUAAAAGAUAUAGGUGGCUACUUCAAACGUUUCAAAGGCGGUGUACUUGCACCUUGGAUACACAAAUCAGAAGAUACACCUGAACUAGAUCUCGAAGCUCGCAUCACACAAGCUUUCUUUGAAGUCGACAGACAUCUCUCAAUCGAGACAGAAGCCAGGAGCUGCGGUGCGACGGCUUCCAUCGUUCUCCUACAUUCCUUGGAUCAUCCAGCAACUCCCUUCUUCUCAUCCGAUAAGCUAGCUUUGACUGUGGCGCAUUGCGGCGAUACUCGAGUUUUACUAUGCUCAACAACUGGAGGAGCCGUGUUCCCAAUGACCGAAAAUCAUCGAGCAGAUACUCGUAUCGAGUCUAUCAGAUUAAGAAGAAUGAUGGGAUCUGCAUUGAUCACAGAUUCUUUUGGGGAGUCACGAUGGAUGGGCGCUUUAGCAAAUACAAGAGCAAUAGGAGAUCUCCAGUACAAGCGCUUCGGAGUGACACCAGAGCCAGAGGUCAGAAGUAAACUUUUGCGAGGCCAAGACUGGGCCUACAUCGUACUGGUCUCCGAUGGCAUAUCAUCUGUCGUGUCCGACGACGAGGUGGUCGAUCUUGCAAGAGACGCACCUAAUCCGAAAGUAGCUGCUCAGCGCAUUCUCUCAUUUGCAGAAGACAUGGGCAGUGAGGAUAACGCCACUGUCGUUGUCGUGCCCCUUGCGGGUUGGGGGAAAAUUGAGGGCCCCGACAAAACCCGUGCUCUGAGAGACUACAGAAGGAGACAAGCAGUUGGCAGCGAACGGCAAAGAAGGAUGUAGUUGGGUUGACAUUAUUGGACUUUGUCUCACUUACAAUACUAUCGUAUUAUUGGAAGAUAUAUAUUCCUUAUUUAUUGAUUAACAUAUAUAAUCUAGCUUGACCUCAUGCAGGCAAUGGACUUUUUCCAG